UCUACAGGUAUCGCCAUCCUCCAUUCCACAACUUAUGGAGACCAACUAACUCCAACAACAAACCCUCCCAUGGCUCCAAAAUUAGCAUCCUCUCUCUCUCAUUAACGCCAUGAAGCCACCUCUUAAAAGCCCUUCCUCCCUCGUCUCCAUCACCAGACCCCUCCCUUCCCCAAAUUCCCACCUCCAAACCCUCCCUCCAGAGCCGGCUCGCACCUUCUCUUCUCCAAAUCCCGCCACCCUCCCUUCAUCCACAGCGCCAAAAAAACCCUACCUUUUACCUCCCACCCUCGAAAACCCUCCUCCGACACCACCGAAAACCCAGCUUUCUUCCGUUGUAAUCCCUAAAACCAGGUCCUCCUCCUCUUUUCGCCAGAACGCACGUCGGGGACCGACAGAAUUCAUCCAAGAUCGAAUCUUUUCUCUCCGAAGCCCGCCUCGGAAUCCGCCGGAAUUCAUCAAAAGAUUGAAUCUUUUUGCUCCAAAGCCAGCACAUUUAUCCACCCGAAUUAGGCCCCUCUCCUCUUUUAGCCAAGACCGACCUCAGAAACCACCAGAAACCAUUCAAGGAUCGAAAUUUUUGGCCUCAAACCAACCCAAUUCAUCCCCCCGAACCAGACCCUUCUCUUCCUUUGGCCUAAAACCAUCUCAGGAAUCACCUCCGGACUCUAUGGAUCCUGGCUCUCCUCCUAUCCGGGUGGUUUCGACAUUUGCCUCACCAUUUGAUAGCUCUCCUCCGCACAUCGAUGCGAGCUCGUCAAUUAGGAAGCCGCUCAGCUUGUGGCCCGGCAUGUAUCACUCCCCAGUGACCAAUGCCCUCUGGGAGGCCCGGUCGAGCAUUUUUGAAAGGCUGCUUGACCCUUCCAAGGACGGCCCUCCACAGUCUGAAUUGCUCACAAGGACGCCAUCGCAGAGCCGGAUAAGCAUUAUAUACAACUUUUCUAGUGAUUAUAUCCUCAGGGAGCAGUACCGGGAUCCAUGGAAUGAGGUCAGAAUCGGGAAGCUGCUCGAGGAUCUCGAUGCGCUUGCUGGAACCAUCGCUGUGAAGCACUGCGCCGAUGAUGAUAGCACAACAAGGCCUCUUUUGUUGGUUACUGCUUCUGUAGACAAGAUGGUUUUAAAGAAGCCAUUGCGUGUAGACACGGAUCUGAAAAUAGCGGGUGCUGUCAUAUGGGUUGGUCGUUCGUCCAUUGAGAUACAGAUAGAAGUUACUCAGUUUCAACAAGAUAACUCUAUACCAUCAGAAUCCGUAGCUUUGACUGCAAAUUUCACAUUUGUCGCACGUGAUUCGAAGACUGGUAGAUCUGCUCCUGUAAACCGCCUGUUACCGGAGACUGAACCAGAAAAGUUGCUUUACAAGGAAGGAGAAGCAAGGGAUAAAUGGAGGAAAAGGAAGAGAGAAGAACAGAGAAGAGAAACUGAGAAUGGUGGGCACAGAUUGCAUGGGGAGCAACUAAAGGUUUUGUUGGCGGAGGGGCUUGUCUUCUGUGAUUUACCUGCUUUAGCAGAUAGAGACAGCAUUCUGAUAAGGGAUACCAGCCUCGAGAAUUCUCUGAUUUGUCAACCUCAGCAGAGGAACCUCCAUGGACGAAUCUUUGGGGGCUUUUUGAUGAACCUAGCAUUUGAGCUAGCUUUUUCGACUGCAUAUGCCUUCGUCGGACAGAUGCCUUGCUUUCUUGAAGUUGAUCAUGUUGAUUUCUUAAAACCUGUGGAUGUGGGAGAUUUCUUACGUUUGAAGUCAUGCGUUCUGUACACACAACUGGAGAAUCCAGAGCAGCCUCUGAUUAAUAUUGAAGUUGUCGCUCAUGUAACAAGGCCUGAGCUCCGAACCAGUGAGGUAUCAAACACAUUCUACUUCACCUUUACUGUCAAUCCCAAUGCUUUGAAGAACGGACUGAGAAUUCGCAAUGUUGUUCCAGCUACAGAAGAAGAAGCACGCCGGGUACUUGAGCGCAUGGAUGCUGAAAAAUGUUUAGUUAAUUCAUAAUCUAGCUAUCUUCAUCAGUGAAAGGAUAGAUGGUAGUCCCAAAACUUGUGAUACUUAAUUUUGAAUAAUGUAGCAGUAAAUAAGGAACAUCAUGUGCUUUGAGAAAUCAAAGAAGGAUUCAUCUUAUCAUUUCAACUCGAUGCUAUACUAUUCUGAUGAGAAAGAUUUACUGAAGCCCGCCAUUUUAAAUGUUA